GCAGCACAUCACGUGAGACGCUCGAGAACAGACGUCCCAGGCAUCCCGCCGCAGUGCUACGCGUGGAGGCGGGCGGUGCCCAUUGGCAGUGAACACCGCCGGCCUGCAAAAGAACACCUCCACCCGCGCCCUCAGAAAAAUCCCAAGUUGCAAAUUCGUCCGGUGGGCUGUGCGGAACACGUGAGUCGCUGUGUGGGCCGACCCGGCCUGGCCUUCCCGCGCUUCUCACAGCCCGCCCACCUCCUGGUUUGGCGCAUGUCGAUAACACUACUUACCAGCGUCGAGCCAUGUGAAACCACCUCGGGCAACUGGCGAACCUAUCACCUUUCAGCCUGAGGAAAUGAAAGUGCAAGGAUACCAGGAUGAUGGAUGAAAACGAAGAAGAUGGAAUGCUGGACCACCUAUUCACCCCUGUAAGAUCUGAUGUCAAAACAAGCAGUACAAGAAACACUGGACUGGAAAUGGUGAGACCUGAGGAUGUGCAGUGUUGAUGAGUUCCCUGAUGAUGUUGAUUCAGUGACCAUGCUUUCUGAACCACUGGGCUGUGGGCCAGUUUGUGGAAACUAUGGUGAAAUAAUGAGGAUUCCAGAGAAGACUCUUCAGCUUUCUAAUAUGGACCUGAACCAGACACUGCAGUGAGCUCCAUGGCUUUCUAAUUGUAACUGAAGCUUUCUGAUUUCCAGCACAAAAACAGCUGUUUUGCAUUCUUCCACAUCAGGCUCUGCUGGUGGCCAUGAACCUCAUGCCUGCCACUCAGGUGAUGUGCCACUGGGCCAUAGCCCCAGAACAAAAGUAUGUUUUAACUAUUAUAAUUCUUGUUUCUUAUUGAACUGGAAGGGGGACUAAAUCUUUUUAGCAAAAAGUAGUUCCAGAAACAUCUGGUUUACGAACAGGAUCUUGUAGGCAGAGAACAUGCCUCCCUAAUUUUUCAGCAACACAAUACUACAUUGAUAGACAAUCUGAAGUGGUUUAAAAGCUAUAAUUUUAAGAAUUAUGGCAGUCUAAUUGAGCUAUGGAGUCAUGUUCUAGAGUAUUGAUUUUCUUUUCCUAGGGAUCUUAGUUUAAUUUUACUUUUCAGUGAUUUAUUUGUUAAUUUCCAUAAUGGUGCUUUGAGAGAAGUCUUGAUAUACUAUCUCAGGAGGAUCUGCUUAAAGGCUUAAACCCAGCAGAAACAAAACGCUUCAACAAGAACUUCCUCUAGACACAACUCUUUUCAUCUCUGAAGCAGUUGACAUUUCAUAGUAUAGAUUGGGCUUUGCCUGAGUAACCAGUUAAUCACCAAAGUGCCAUAUGAGUCAUGCUUCUAUCAUACUUGACUCAUUAGGCCACAGACACUACAUUUCAGAAUGGCAGUGGUGGCCACACCAGGCUCCAGAAUGGUGGCAACCUAGAAAAUUUGAUCCUUGGAAUUGGAUUCAGAAUACCCAGAAAUUCAGGCACUUGAUUCCUACAGCCAAGAGAGAAAAAAAAUCCAGACUACUGCUGGCAGCAGACCUUGGCAUCAUCCAUGUGGCACUGGUUUAAUGCACAUACAGAAUGCAAGAGUUCUCAGGUUUAAAAAUCUCAGAUUUCAAAAGGGAUGGGAGGUCAGCCAGUGUGCCCAAGAGGGCACUGUGUGAAGCUGUGAGUGUGAAGCCAAAAGUGCCAGGAACAUAGAUCAUGUGAGAAAACCUGCCAGGAAGGAGCAAGGGGGACUCAAAAGAGAAUCCAUGGGAGCAACAAUCACUGGGUGUGCUGUAGGGGUGCAAUGACACAAAUUCUUUGGAGCUCACAACUUACCACAGAUUUCUUUGGAUGUUCCACAUGGAACUACAGCACUUAAUAUUUUCCCUGCUGUAUGUUGGACUUGCUUUUGUCUCAUUCCUUUGUAUUGCCAUGUUUUUAACUUUUGGAAUGGUAAUAUUUAUCUUGUGUCAUUGAAUGUUGAAAGUGUUUAACUUUUCAUUUGUACAGGGUCUCACAGAUAAGAAUUGCCUUAGGUCUUGGAGGAGACUUGGGAAUUGGAUUAUUCAGCAAUGUUGAAACUGUUAAGAUUUUGGCAACUCUUAGAGAUGGACUAAAUGUCUUUUGCAUAAAGGAUGUGCAAGAGUUUUGUGAGGCCCGGGGUGGAAUGUUAUAGUUUGUGUUUAGAUGUCUCCCCAAAGCCUCCAGCAGUCAUGCAGGUGGGAUUUGUAGAAUUUGUGAUUUAUUCAUGAUCCAAUGCUGGGUUCUGAGUGUGCAUGCUAUACCCACACUAUAGUGGGUGGCCUAUAUACAAUAUAAGGGACAUAAAGACUCUUCUCUGUGUACUACUUCCUUUUUGCUCUUGUUACUUUUGCUGUCUUCCACACCAUGAACUGUUGCCCUCUGCCAUGAACCUGGCUUGGAACCACCAGAUUAUGGACUGAAACUUCCACAAACUAUGAGUUAAAUAAACCUUUUCCUUUUAAUUUUGAGCAUCAGGUGUUUUGUUUCAACAAUGAGAAAGAAAAAGUAACCAAGACAACCAUUUUAUUUGCUUACUGUUUGAUGCAUCAGCAACUUGGGCUUAGUGUUCUGGGUGAUUCUUUUACUGUUCUUGUGUGGGGCCAUGCAGAUAACUUCAGUCAUGUGGUAGGUAAUUAGGGCUUGAUAAUUGCAAUACAGUUACACUUGAAUGUCUAGUAGUUAGCACUAUCAACUGGACCUGUUGUUCCCUUUGGAUUUUGUCCUCAAAGACAUUUUCCUAGGAUUCCUCAUGUGUCAGCUUUAGUGUCACACGUGGAUUAGAAAAUAAGUUUCCAGGUCUCUUGAGGCCUAGCUUGGAAUGGGUGUGGCAUGAUUUUUGUUGUGUUCUGUUGGUUAAGGCAACUCACAAGUUUAGUUCCAAGCAACGUGUGGUGGCGCAUGCCUGUAUUCCUAGUAUGCAGGAGGCUGGGGCAGGAAGAUUACUAUGAACCUGAGGCCAGUUAGGCUACAUAAUGAGUUCAACAGUUCAAAUUUAGCCUGAACAAUGUAGAGAAUCCCUGUCUCAAUAAAAAAGAAAGGAAGAAACAAACAAACCAUGAAAAAAAUAAAACAAACGAAAAGCCAGAAAACAAAAACAAACAAAAAUCAGGACUAGUUCCCAAUUCAAGGGAUGAGAAAAUAAACUCCAUCUAUUUGGAUCUGGGGAGCCUACUCCAUGAUUGGCCAUUUGUGCAGUAUGCAUGAGAUUCAGGUUUACACUUCAGGGCACACAACUCCCAUCCCUUUCCAUUUACUGUAUGGAUGGGAAGAAGAGCUGAAUCACAUGGAAAAGUAUAUUCAUUUAAGAACAGGGUUAAAUUUUAUAGUAUUCUUUUGCAAAUAAUCUAUCACAUCCAACUUUUCAAGUGGUGCAAAACUAGUUUAAAUCCUUGGUAAAUGUAAGGGUAUCAGAUGAGUGACAAAGGACAGAAGGGACUAGGUUGGUUUUGGAGGAAUCGAGUUAACAAAUUUGUACAAAGUUAACAAAUUGAGGUGAAAGGGAGAAAGCUUUUCAGAGGUGUGUUUUUCUUAUGGAGACCAAGGGUGGAGAAGGAGAUUAUAAGGAGGAUUUGAUCUGUUUAUAGAAGCCUAAAAUAGAAAGGAUGAGAAGAGAAGGAUUGCAAAACACAGAAUGACAAAUAGAGUAAAAAAAUUGGGUGUUGUGGCACAUGCCUAUAAUCUGAGUGCUCUGGGAGGCCGAAGUACAAGUAGUGCAAUUUUGAGCCCAGUAUGGGAAACAGUGAUUUAGUGAAAAUGCUGUCUCACAAAAAGAAAAAAAAAAUAGAGGACUUGGAAUAUAGUGCAGCUGAAGGCCCUGGGUUCAAUUCCUGGUAUUGGGGGAAAAAUUGUGAAAACUUGGACUAAUCUCAGGAUGAAGAGUAGGAAAAAAAAAUAUGGGAACUUGAUAGAAGGGAGCUGUCAAACUAUCAUUUGGACUUGGGAUUUGGUUAUUGCAGUGAACUAAAUGUAUGUUCAUACAUUGGAAUCCUAACCCCAACAAACUGGUAUUUGGAGAUGGGGCUUUGGUAGGUAAUUAAGUCAUGAAGAUAGAGCUCUUAUUAGUGGGAUCAGUGCUCUGAUAAGAAACUGGACAAAUAAAUAGCUCCUUUUCCUACAUAGGAAUACAUCCAGAAGAUUGGUAUUUGUAAAUGAGAAAAGGCUUCUCUCUAGAACUCAUACUGGCAUCCAAUCUUGGACUUCCAUUUUCCAGAACUGUGAGAAAUACAUGUAUUUUUGAGUCAUGAACUCCAGGGUAUUAUAGAAACUCAAAAGCAGAAAAAAUUCUCUAUAUUUUUGAGUUAGUGGUUUGAUAUAGGGGAAAUACCAGAUGUCAAAUACACUGAUUUUAUGUCCCCAAAGUCAAAAAAUGAAUUCCAAGGAAUGACAGGUUAAGAAGAGGAAAAUUUAUUGGAGAAAUGCAAUGAUGAAUAGAGAAGGUUCCUGAGAGACAGGAGGAGUCCUGAAUGAUGUACCAACAAGCGCAACUCUUGAAGCUUUAUAGAGCAAAAUCAUGUGGUAGGUACAAUGUGGAUCAAAAAUUAUGAUAAAUCAGUAAGAUUGCAUGUAUAGUCAGUUAGGUAAUAUUGACGUAAUGGGAGCUAGGGAUAUCUUUAACCUUGAUCAAUAAUCUGUAGUUUUUAGUCUUUUCUUUAGUCUUAGUCUUAGUGUUCUUAGUCUUAGUGCUUUUAGUCUUAGUGUUAGUAGAUGGAGGAGGAUGGCCUGUCAAUAAUGAGAUCAUCAGAAAUCUCAAAAGGGUGAUAUCAAUGAUCCCAAGCCUCUGUUCAUCCCUUAGGGAAGUAUGCAGAACUAACCAUUGUGAUUUUAAACUUCAUGUGCACCACCAGCCACGGUACUGAUUUUCAUCUUUUGCACUGACUCCCUCGAGGGCUCAGCCCUGUCUAACUAUCAUAUUUCUACAUAAUUUCUUUUUUGCUUUGUGAGAUCCAAAAUAUUUCUACAUAAUUUAACUGUCUGUAAUAGUUUUCUUCUUUGGUCUGCAGUGUUGAAUCCGGAAUCUAUUCAGCCUUACAUCUUGUGGUUUUUAUAGUCCCCCUCCCCAUUCUACAGUCUCAUCUGUGUACCCUAGGUUGUGACAAUGUCCAAGCUGAGAUGUAUCCUGCUCUUUUGGGUAGAUAAGGAAGGUAAGUAAGCCCCAGAUCCAUGAUGGAUACAGGCAAUAGUAUGACAAGGGCCAAGUUCUCUCUUUUUUUAAAUGUUAUUUAAGGAGAAAAAGAAAAAAAAAACAGAGAAAGGGUACAAGUUAUACAGAUUUACAGAAAAAAUAAACAGGAAAUCACUAAUUAAUGGAUUACAUUUUGUCAUCUUAGAAAUAAUUGUUCAAGUUACAAAAUUAAAGCUUAUAAAGUGGACAUUCCAACAGUGAGACUGCAAACAGUUAUGUUCAAUGAUCCAACAAAACUCAGUAAUAUCAUUAUCUAUCUUAUACACAUAAAUAUACAUGCAGUUAUAUCAUUUAGAGCAGUUUCUUUUCCUCUCUUUUGUACAAUGACAAUUACACAUUUUGGGUUUUGUUGCUCCCACAGUUCUUAUUACUUUUUUGGAAAAGAGUAGAACCAAAUGUGACAUAAGAGAACAGUCAGUCAAAUCAAAAGGGUGGAUGUAAUAGAUAAUGUAAAAGCAUAAUACUAGGUGAUCAACAAUGGUUACCAUAAUGCCUCCUGCUAUCUCUAAUAGAAUUGCCUAUAUCAUUAGUUAUAAUAAAAUUUGAACAAAACAGUAAAGAACAAAACCAACAAAACCAAAACAUUGGAGACAUUAUAGGUCUUCAAAAGUAGAUAAUAGUCAACUAGAAUGGGUGUCAUAAUGAAUCCCACUAUCUUCACAGCUGUUGCCUAAACUUUCGAACCAGAAGCAAAACAGAAUAGAGGAACAUCAGUCAAAACAAGAUGGUGAGAGCAAUACAGGGCUUUAAAUCAAGAUAAUGGAAAGUCAAAGUGGGUUACUAUAAUAUAUCCUGCUAUUUUUUAUUUAUUUUUCCCUUAAAAGGAUAAAAGUAAAUAAUAAAAUGGAGAUUGAGAUAAAAGAGGGCAUAACAGCAAAUCAGCACAGAUCAAAACAUAACCAUUUAAGCAAAAUAGUGUUUCACCACAAGAUUAUCCCGACAUAAAAGUAGUUUCCAUAUUGUCUCUUUCCUUGAAAUCUUUGAGUAUAACUUCAUAUACUGUAGCAUCAAAUAUAUCAAAACAAUGUAAAACCAUUUAAGAGAAUGACAGUAUUACAGGGUAUUUAGAAUCAACUAACAGAAAAUGAACAAUGGUUUCUGUAUAAUCUCCUUGUCUAUAAAAGGUUUUGCUUAUAGUAUCAUGUAUAAUAAAAUCCAAUAAGAUACCACCUGUUUAGACCAAUGGAGACAGAAAAACAAAAGUUUGAUGAGACUUCAAAACAAGAUGAUACUAAAUUAGUAUUACCUCUUAAGACGUCAUUUUCUCCAAAAUAGCUGUUCCUAUCAUCCAAUCUUCUCUGCCUCAUUUCUGUUGAGCUCUUUUUCUGUCAUUAGUUGUCAGUUUGUCUUCUUCAUUUUGUUUUCUGCUCCAUUAAUUAUGGCCUCUCUGCCGCUACUUCUGAAUUUUUCAUACUUUUCUUUUUUAGAAUAUCUUGCAGUAUUCUCUGUAGAGUUGAAUUGUUGGUUGCAUAUUCCCCUAGUUCCUCUUUAUUCUGGAAGCACCUUGUUUUUCCAUAAAUUUCCAGGGAUAGUUGUGCAGGAUAUAUCAAUCUUGGCUGGAGAUUAUUAUCUUUCAAAGCUUGAAUUAUUUCCCCCCACGCUCUUCAUGAUUUGAUGGUUUGUGCCGAGAAUCUGCUGUAAUUCUGAUGGGUUUUCUCUUGUAAGUGAUCUGUUUCUUGUCUCUGACGGCUUUUAGUAUUCUGUUCUUGUAUUGGAUUUCUGGAAUUUUAAUUAUUAUAUGCCUGGGUGUUGCUCUGUUUGGGUUGUAGGUGGCUAGGGUCCUGUAUGCUUCAUACAACUGAGUAUCUUUACCUUUUGCUAAAUUAUGAAAAUUAUCCUGGAUUAUUUCUGUGAGUAGCUUUUGUAGUUCAUUUUUUUGUGUCCCUACUUCUUCUUUUAUGUUCUUAAUUCUUAAGUUAUAGACCCGCUUAUCAUCUUCUAAUCUUUGUAUUAUUGCUGUUUGUUUCUUUGUUAUUUUUAAGAAGUUUUUCAUUUCAUGCUCCCAUAUUACAAAUCUGCCCUCCAGUUCAGAUAAUCUGUUCUUAGUUUCUUUCAAGCUGUUAUGCCAGUUUUCGAUAGACUUUUUAGUUUCCUGGUAGUCUCUUUGAACCUGCUUCAUGUAUUCUAUGCUUUCUCUAUUUUCUCCAUUAAACAAUUCUCCCCUCUUUUUCUGUUCUUCCAUUCUACCAUCUGUUUUUUCUUGGGUGGUACUUAGCAUUUCUCUAACUAUUCUGCUUAUGUCUAGCUUCAGGUCAUUAAUAACUUCAUUCCUGAACUUGUCUAGGAGGCUCUUGAGAUAGCGCUUUAUAUCUAUUGGUGCUGUGUCUGCUGUUGUCUCUUUCUCAGGAUUGGGGGCCGAGGACCCUUGCUUCUUGCUGCCUGUUCCCAUAUUCUUUGUUCCUUAUAUAUGCAAGCGUAUAUAGGAGGAGCAGCUUCCUUCCCUGUCAGCCACAGUCCGAUUGAAUUGCGCUGGCUAGGUGUUCCCACCCACCGCAGCGCACCAGGAAGUUGUAGACCAGGCAGCCUAUUCAGGGCCCACCCCUCCAGGUCAGUCUACCUUCAGGAGCUGGGACCUGGGCUGUGCUAGCCUACUGGGUCUCAGCUAGCAGCAUCACGUGGGCGUGGCACUGCUCACCAAUCCUGCUUGAGAGGGGGAUACGUGACUGAAGUCACUGCAGCGCCCUGUUCCCGCAAGUCUGCCCAGUCCCAGAAUGUCCUCUGUUGGAUUCUCCUAGACCAUGGAAGUGUCCCAGUUUUCCCUCACUCACCGGACAUGGAUGCACGGCUCUCCGCCCGUCCUGCUCUCAACUCCGUUCACCGAUUCCUGUUCUCAGAGCUUCCGCGCGUCUCUCUCCCUGCCGAGCAGAUGCAGAAGCAGUGGCAGUGGCGGGAAACCCAAAUCGUUGCUUCCAAUGGCGCGGGCUCCAGCUUCCACACUGAGGCUUUAUCUGUUCCUGUUAUAGCACCAGGAUUGCAUUCCCAGUUGGUUUCUCUCAGCCCAGUUCAUUCUUGGGUCACCGGGGUAUAUCUCCUCUUACUUAUGAUUCCUUACUCAGCACCAUUCCUGAAUUCUAAGCUGGGUGUUUCAGAGAGCCUCCAUAGCUGCUGCUAUCUGUUCGCCAUGUUCUCCCGGAAGAGGGCCUAAGUUCUCAAUGCCAGGACUUUCAGACUCAGUGCAACUCAACCUGGGCCUUGCCUUCCACCAUAGAACAUGGGAUUUGUGUCCUUUCUAGUCUAAGCUCAAUCCUCUCAAGGGGUCUUUUUGCAGUCCACUCCUUAUUCAUUGUUGUGCCUUGAGAAGGUCAUUCUGGGACCCCUGAAGUGAAGCCAUCCCCUGUUGUUCUGAUUCCCAAAUUUAAUCAAUCCUUAAGAGAAUGAUGCCCAAACAAGCACUCUUCAGCAGUGUGGUUGGCACCUACGCUGGGACUCCUAUCUAAUUUAUUGCCUGUCAUGCAGUGGGAGUCCCUCCCCUCAGAAUAAACCCCUGUACUGUCCUUGCAGAUCACAACUACUACUGUAAACUCCCCCUGGAGGCCAUAUUGCUAGCCAAGUCAUCUGCUUCUGUUUCUUUUUGGAGCCCCAGUGUUCACUUUACUUCUGCAAAGCCAGACUCCCUUCCCUAUGAGCUGGGAGCUAUGAGCCAGGGAGAGAAUCCAGACUGUUUUCAUUUCCUUAUCUGCAUUAUGGUAUAUUUCUCAAAAUACUCUGUAGCUUUUAAUUUUCCUGUUAGUUUCUUCCUGAUUUCCAUUAAUCUACUUCUCUUUUGUUCUUCCCCAAGUUGUUAUUUUCCAUGAUUUGGAUUCCAGUUCUCAGAGUGCAUCCACCCACCACUUGAUUCUCUUUUGAAGUUUCUAUUUUAUAGUGAAUAUGCUUUAUUUGGAUAUUAAAAGUAAAACAAAAUUGUUGAAAAUUUAUCACACAUAAAAGACAUAGUUAUGGAAAUUCAAGCAACAAAGAAGAAAAAGCAAAGGAAAGGGACUAUUCACAGAACAAUACCAUAUUCUUUUGCAUAUAUUUUUUCUUAAUAGCUGCUCAAUUUAAAGCUGAAACUGUAUUCUAUUAUUUAUUCACUUAAUAUACCGAGGUCAAUUUUUUUAACAUAAUGUUAUACACAUAACAUAUACCUUAACAUCUACCCUAAAAUCCUCAAACUUCUAAGACACCUGAGAGCAGAGAUUUCCUUCCUUAGAACAUUGCUAGUACAUGAUGGUAUAAAACAUCCCUUCCCAAAUGUAACUAGAAUAUAAAGGCCUUUGGCCCACUGCUCAGGCUAGGUUAAGGUCUGAUUUCAGGAACUCUGCCUCCUGCCCUUGAAUGCAUCAUCAGUCUCAUCAAACUGCUUUCAUUAAUAAAAGAAUUUCAACAGAACUCCUUUGAUGAUAAUUUGUCAUACCCAGAAGUGGAGCAACACUUGCUACAUUCAUAUACCUUUAGAUGUGACACCGCUAUUUACCUUCUGCAUGCUGUCUCAUUUUCCACAUUAGUCCUCCUUUAUCUAUUCAGUCAUUCACAUCAUAGGCACUUUUUUUUAAAGCUACACUCUCCUUUCUACUGUCUAGGACAUAGCUUUUACUAUCAAGCAAAUGUAUUUGAAUUGCCAAUUCAAUUCUACCAAGAUUGCCUAAUAUGUUUAGGUGAGAAAAUCACAUAUAUUUUGGUAAAGAAAUUAUGUAAAAGGUACUACUAAUUUGUUAUGACCAAGAAACUUGAGGGAGAUUUUACAGGUGGAUAAGCAUUACAGCUGAGUCAUAAAGAAUGAAGAAGAAAUCUUCAACUAGAAAUUGGUGAAAAAACAUUCCAGGAAGAGAGACCAGCCUGGGUAAAAUUAAGGAGAUAUGAAAGUGAGGCACAUUGAGGGACUAUCAGUAAUUCACUGUAGUUAUCACACAGAGACUUGUGUGUGUGGGAGUAUGUCAUGAGGUAAAAGUAACAGAAGAGCAGAUAGGAAUCCAUGAGAGGGACUGACACUGGAAAGGACCUAGUUUGCCUUGUGGACCUGGGAUGGUAGCCUUCACUUGAGCUGGGAUUUAGGCUUAUAUGAUAUACUAAUGAAUAAGUCAGGAAGAGUAAAUGUGUAUAAGGGUACCUUCAGGCCACAAAAAGUUGACUUGACCUCAGUCCUAGAUAAGAGUUCACUACCCUCAAACUGACUUACGUGUGUAAAUAUGUCUGUAGGCAGCAAGUGAACAGCUAUCCUUUAGGCAGAAGGUAAAGAUCUGAUUGUUUUUAGUAUUGGGAAUUGAACGCAGGACCUUCACACUGAACUGCAACUCCAUGUAUUUCUUUAGUUUUUGUUUUUAAUUUUGAGAUAGUCUCCCUAAAUGAGUAGACUUGAGCUUGUGAUUCUCCUGCCUCAGCCUCCCAAAGUGAAUUUAUAAUGGAUAUGCUUUAAUUGGAUAUUAAAAGUAAAACAAAAUAAAAUUGUUGAAAAUUUAUCACACAUAAAAGACAUAGUUAUGGAAAUUCAAGAAACAAAGAAGAAAAAGCAAAGGAAAGGGACUUUUCACAGAAUAAUACCAUAUUCUUUUGCAUAUAUUUUUCUUGGAUUAAAAACCUGAUUUAAAAUGUUGUCAACACCAAGGCACAAGCAGCUCUGGGUCAAUGCACAGGAGAUAAAGUAUACUGAUUAAGAGAGGGGGAGCUUUCUUCUUACUUCUGGAUGUAAGAAACAUCUUGCUUUGGUACAUGGAAGACUCUAAGUAAUGAGAUGAUAUAUUGAUAUUUUGAGGCCAGACAACAUUAAGAAUCUAAGAUGAAAGCACCCUUGACAUAAAUAGCAGUACUCUCAUGGAGGGAGGGCACUAUCAGCUGUAGGAAUGUGUGGCUUAAUGGCAAAAAUUCACAAGAACACGGAAGAGGCAGAAUUUGAGAUGAUAAACAGUGGUAUGUGAGACACCAAUCAGGACCCAAAAACUGAAAAAUUAGAUGUAAAUUUAAGAAUGUGGUGAAUGAGGGUCAGGGGUGGUGGUCCAUGCCUAUAAUGCCAGCACUCAGGAGGCUGAUGCAGGAGAAUUGCUGUGAGUUUGAGACCCUGCUGCCUAUAUCCAGCACAGAUCUAAGGUAUGACUGCUUUACCUAUUCACAAAAGAGAGCAAGCAUAUGUCUCAGCACAGACAUUACCACACUGUGAGGAAAUAUAGGGCCCUGUGGAAUACAGGAUACACCUAACAUAAAGCCUCCUGAACUUCAUCUUAACUGGCAUCAUUUCCAUCUGUACUCUGAUUUUCCAGGCUCUGACCAUCGUCUUCAAUAUAGUUUACAGCAUACAGGGGCUGUCAUUUGUCCAGUCUUUCAAAAUCUUUCCAAGUUAAUUCCCAAAGCUCUUAAGCCACAUGGCCAGGCAAUAUAACAGCAGUGACCUCACUUUCUUGGUACCAAUUUUUAUUGUUGUCCGGGAUUGCAAGGAGAACAAUUACAUACAAGACACAGAACUUAUAGUAUUUUAUGAUGGUCAUCCAGAGUUAGAUACAAAAGAGUGCAGGAAAUCUAUCCACAACACUAAAGACCUACAAAAUCCAGUUGAGGGCCUGGAUCCCACAGCAAUGACCUGCGUGAGUCCAAUUGAAAAUCUAGAGGCCAUGACAGUACCUCCCACAAGUUCAACUGGAGGUUUAGAACCUAUGACAAGGACUCAUGCAAGUUUGUUUUAAUGGAUCUGUGCUGGGAAGGGCCAAAGAUCAGUGGUGGAAGCUAGAAAGUCUAUGCUAGCAGGGUCCAGGGUCUGUGCUAGUAGGUUGAAGGUUUUACACUGAAGCCAAGAAAUGACACUUUGAAAUAAGGAUCAGGGCUGCCAUGAAGAGUAUUACAGCCGUGUUCAGCAACGAGACCCCAAGCUCCUCUGACAAAGAGAAGAGUUGAGUGUGUAUCAGGAAGCCAGCAUGAUAAGCUUCUCCUGGAGAUUAAAUUGCACACAUCUCCCCCUCUGGAGCCAGAAAGCAAUAUUCAGUAAAAAGAGCAGAGAUCCCCUCUCAAUGACAAGGUAUUGAGCUCCUCUGAUGAUAAUGGCUGAAUUCAUAUCAGGGAAGCUAGCCAUGACAAGCUCCUCAAGGAGAAAAAAUGGCUCCAAACAAUGACACUUAGGAGAACCCACAAUGCCCCAUUUUUCCUCUCUAUAUAUCCUUUUAAGCUGGCAACUUUCCUCAGGUGGGCCAUCUACAUGCAGCACCAUGCUGAUUUAAUUCAGCUGGUGACCAGUGUUUAAUCCAUAACACUAGAUGAGCUAAAUAAAAUGAUACAAAACACUAAGGACUAUUUUAGCAAAGAAUUAAAGAGUCCAUGAAAAGAUUUCAAACAAAAACCAAGGAGAUUAAAAAUUAUAUUGUUUGUGUCAGCUGCACAAGUGACCAAUGUGAGGACAGAACAUCAAUCAAUCUAGAACCAUAUCUCUCACAAUGCACUAAACUAAUAUCAAAAUGUUAAAACAAAAGCACUUAACCUGCUGGAAGAUAACAUAGGUAAAAUUCUUGAAAACACAGGCAUAGGCAAACACAUUCUGAAUAGAACCCCAAUUGCUCAAGAAAUAACACAAAAAAUCAACAAUGGGACCAUAUAAAAAUAAAAAAGCUUCUGUACAGAGACAAUCUAUGAAAUUUGGAAAAAUUUUUGCAUGAUAUUCCUCAGAGGACUAAUAAUUAGAAUACAUAAAGAACUAAAAAUAAAUUAGAUCCCCCCACCAAAACAAAUGACCCAGUGAAAAAGUGGGCAACUGAAAUGAAUAGACACUUUACAAAAUAAGAAAUACAUAAAUGGUCAAGAAAUAUAUAAAUUUUCAGGCCUAUAUCUUAUAAUCCAAGCAAAUAUUUGAAGAUAACAAUACCCAAUAUAUUAACCAUUGUUAAUCUCCUAUUAUUUUGUUUUGAAACUCUGUAUCAUUGUUUUUAUUUUUUGUGUUCAAAUUUUAAAAAGAAACAUAUAAAAAGUUCAAAAUCAGUGAUUGUUAGAGAAAUGCAAAUAUUCUAACUGAAAUUCUAUCUUACUGUAGCAAGAAUGGCUAUUAUCAAGAAACCAAAUAGUAAAAAGUCCUGGUGAAGUUAUGGGUCAAAAGGGACUCUUCUAUACUGUUGGUCAGAAUGCAAACUAGUAUAUUCACUAUGGGAAUGAGUGUGGAGAGUCACCAUCUGUAGCUGGGAUGAGGGAACACCAGGAAGACUGGGAAUGGCUGGGGUCGGUGACUAGAGACAGUAAAGCAAAGAGAAGUCUAUGGAGAAUGAACGAACACUAUUGGAAUUGUAGACUAUCUUUUUUUCCUACUUUGUGUGGAAAGGGGAAAUUUCUGCCCAGAUGGAAUCCUGGUUUUAUGCCUUAUAACACAUCCUCAUGGCCCGUUUGCCUGCUUGCUGUUUUAGUUGGUUCUCUUGCCUCUUGCAGCAGUCUUUCUCUUCAUAGCAGAGGCUCUGAUGUGAUGAGACCCUCAAGACCAGACCAGGUCUGUUUUCUGUUCUAUUCUCUCCUCUUCUGUCCUGUCUAUUCCUCUCCCCUCCCUGUCCUCCCUUCUCCUCCCUUCUCUUUCUUUCCCUUUCCUUUCUUUUCUCCUCUCUUCACCCUCCCCUGUAGUAUUUCUCUCCCCUCCCCUUCCCUCCUCCUUUUCUCCCUACCUUUUCUCUGCUUCCUUCCCUUUCACUCUUUCCGUCUUCCACCUCCAUCCCCAAGGAUUAAACCUAGGGCCUUUGCACUAAGUUAUGUCCCCAACCAUUUUUUAUUUUUGUUUUGAGAUAGUGUCUUAUUAAAUUGUUCUAGAGGGACUCAAACUUCUGAUCUUCCUGUCUCAACCUCCCAGUGUGCUGGCAUGUGCCACCACAUUAGACUCAGGCUGGAUCUAUUUUCUGACCCUUGCUUGUGGUGACUUUUUCACCAUGUUGAGACAGAUAACAGGAGGGUUUCAAACUCCCCUCCUCUAAAAUUCCUCUCCAACUUUCCCACAACCCUAAUUCAGUACCUCUCCUAACACAGUGCUGUGCUGGAUCCUCUUUUCACAGAGAUUCCUCAGUUCUUUCCCUAAGGUUGGAAAUCUUGGGAGAAUUAAUAGCUGCCCCCUGCAUUCUAAUGUUGGUCUUCUGCCAACCUUUUGAGGGGCUCAGGUUAUCUUUUGUGUAAUAAUUCUUGUAUUACAAUGGGGACUUACCCUGAUGAUAGUCAUCAAGUUGGAUGUGUGGAUUGAUUUUAUGAAAAUUGGAAUUUCAUUUUAUACAAUGCCUAACUAGCACAGUUCUUAUGGUAGUUCUGUCUACAAAACUUCCUAUUGAAUGAAAGAAUGGCUAAACAUGUAGUUAGGAUUCCUAGACAAAGCUAACCAGCAGGAUGAAUUUGGUAUUUAUGUUAAGAAAAUUGCAGAUCAAAACCAAGAGGUGUUAACAAUUCUUACAGGGGAAAUGUCUUCAUAGAUUCUUGACUCCUUGAGGCAUUUCUAAGUGGUAACUAGAACUUGGCAAUUUUGAGUUCCUAGUGGAGUCCAUCUGGGAUUUGAUUUCUAUGAUUGGAAAAAAGAGUUCUCCCCCCCACACCAUGUUCUCAUCAUGAUUCCAAGGCUGGCCUUGAACUUUCAGUCCUCCUGGCUUCUUCCCAAAUAGCUGGAAUUGUAGGUGUGCACAUCAUGUUCAUCAGGAAAUAGAGACUUUUAAUAGAGAGUGUGAAGGCUUGAGGAAGGAGAAACUCAUUUUGGGUAUGAGUCUAAAGGGCUGGGGUGGGCAGAAACAGUAGAUGAGCCUGGGAAAAACAGAGCUUCUUGGAGAAAAGUUGGGUGUCCUUCCUUUUUCAUUCAUGUUAUUGGUGAGCUUUUGGAUAGGAUGAGCAGAGACUGAAAUCUCCAGAUGGAAAGGGAAAGUGGAAGGGAGAGAAAGAGAGACAGAUCAAAAGAGAGAGACAGAGAAAGAGACAGAUGAAAAGUUUGGAGUCCUUAUAGAACAAGAUUUCUCCUCCUUUCUUGCUGGUAAAUGAUGUUACCCCCCAAGAAAGUAUUUCCUGGUCUCAAAGUUGAAGGACUAGACUACUACCAUGCUGGUCUGAACAAAGACCACUUUAAAUCCCUUUCCCCUGCUGUGCUUUUACACCUGCUGCAGAUAUAUCCUCGUGAGUUGAUAAGGCAGCUUAUGGGGGUAAGCACAGCUACCUCCAUAAUUCCCAAUCAUUGUUCAGCCAUGCUCUUCACAAACAACAUACAACCUCUUGGACAGUCUCAAACCUGUCCCAGGUGGAUAGCCACAGCUUGUUUAUACUGAACUUCAUCCUUCCCCUACAAGGCCCAUUGUGACUUUCCCCUUCUACAGCUCCUCCCUGCUUUUAUGCUCAUGACCCUGUAAAGAACUUAUAGCCUGCAGAGGGCCAGCCAGUCUGGCCUCUAGUGCCAGGGUGGUCCCUGUUGGGUUUGUUCUGAAAUAAACUCUUCUGUUGAGCUUGUACACCUACUGGUUUUCCUUUUUGUCCUAUUAUAACCUAGUUUUAACCAUUACACCUCAUUUCUGUUCUGUAAGCACCACUCAGCCCCCCCCCCCUUCCUAUCUUUCUAGGUUAAGUUUAAAUUUCCUGAAAGGCCAUAAAAGCCUUAGAUAUCAGUUUCCUGUAACCCCCUCACCUGCCUAUCUGUAAUAAAAUGUGCUGUUCUUUAAGAAAUGCUUAACUUCAAGAAAAUUACAGGAAGUUCUGUAAGGCCCAGAUGCUAUCUAACAGGGUCAAAGUUCGCAACAUUCCUGUAGUUUUUGGCUUUAAAACCCAACCUUUCUAGCUGUAAGGCGUGCAGUCUCCAAAUUGGCUCCCGGGGAUUGUGUCUCCAAGGCCUGGCCUAAAAUAAAGCCAUUGCUCCCCAAAUUUUAAUUUCUUGCUUCCUUGGGUUUUAUUCCGGGGUCCGAGCUAUCACAUUUGGGGGCUCGUCUGGGAUGGGAGCAAGACCCCAGACUCAUUUCUGAACAUUUGAAAGUAAGUACUCUGGAGGGUUUGUUUGGGCUGUGGCCAGUUUGUACUCUUCGGGAGGGGACGCCCUCAAUUUGGGAAGCGGGGACCUCCUGAGGACAGAGUCAAUUGGUUUUUUGGGACAAAUCUUGUCCAUUUGUAUAGUUUUGGGGACUAACUUUGUCCAUUUGUGACUCUGCCCCGGAUGGGGAACCACUCUGUUGGUUAAUUUGUUAAUUCCUCCAGAUCCCAAAAUUUCACCAAUUUUUAGCAAAGGCCAUUUUUGCUGCAGCUUGUCUUGUCUUGUAUGUCUGUCUGUGUGUCCAUUUUUUCUAAUUGUUCUCCUUUUGGUUACCCCAAAUCUAACUGAACAUUCUCUCCUAGGAACCCCUUCUAUGAGCCCAAAAUGGACAAAGGGAUUUAGAUAUUUAUGUUCAGUGUUUUUGUACUUUAGAAUUGUCUGCCUGUUUGAAUUUGUUACCUAACUUAGGGGCUCGCUACCCAUUUCUGUUGCAGGAUCCAUAUGGCUUAUUAGACUCAAGGUUCAUAGUAAAAAAAUUAUUUCCUUUAGCUCACCAAAUUGUGCAUGAAGCAGUCUUUGUUUGUGUCUUUUAUGUUGUGGUGCCUUGUUUAAUGUUUUAGUCCUCAAUUGAUUACUUGCAACCUUGGCAUGCCUUUUUAAAAAGAGUAUUUUUCUUUCUCAUUAAAAUGUAAACAUAUGCACACAUAUAUAUGUAUAUUUAUGGUUUUAAAGAAUCAUAUCAACUUUACCAAGUAAAAACCAGGUCAUACUAUAUUUGAGCCAGUUAAAAGGUUACAGUUUUUUACAGCAUUUUUUUUUUUUUUACUUGUGAAAAAUAAUAGCAUUUUUUUUUUUUAUUUAAGAGGAAAAAGAGAAAAACACAAAACAAACCAAAGCGGCGUAAGGGUACACGCAAUACAGAACUACAAAACAAAACAAAACAAAACAAAACAAAAAACCAUAACAGUAAGAAAUUACCUGCUAGUAGAUUUUAAUGUGGUAAAAAGACAUAAAAUAAUUAAAUAUGUUUUAGACUACUAAAAGGUGACUUCAAGGGUUUUGUUGAGAGUUUUAAUGUUGUCUGAGAAGCAAGAGGAAAGGUAAUUGACUGAUAAUAGUAAGAAAAAGAAGGACAAAGAAAGUGGUUUUAUCUUCAAGGAAAAAUGUCUGGCUGUGCCAGAAUGUGGAAGAAGAUAAAAGCUCAACUUGGGGGUAUAUUGUAAGUUGUAGAAAGCUCGAGAGGAUGUGAAUUUUAUUUGUCUUGGUUUAUAGUACUGCAAAUAACAGGUUUGACAAGAAGUAAAUUUGUUCAGAAUUUGACAGUAUUAGAUCAGUUUUGGUUGAUUCAUAAGAUUGGUAAACCUUUGCUGCAAAAUGUUUCCAUUAAAAUGAGAUUAUAGGUGAUUAUAGAGAUAAGAUACAAGUUCUUGCAUGUGCUGUGAACAUCUGGGAGAUUAUGCAGCACAAUUUUGUUACCUAUGAAAAAGUGUUUUUUUUUUGUUAAGCAUGUAAUUUCAGUAAAAUGAUGGCCUGCCACAUGACACCCUGGGACAAAAAGCGGUGUGCCAUCCAGAUGAAGCCUGCUCUCUGAUCUGGAAUGCCAAAACCAUGUUCUCCUUUUGUCCCAACCUGAUUGAACAACCAGAGGUAAGGAGGUUCCCCCCAGUAUCGCCAGUUGUUCUCUUUGCAACUCAGUCAGCCCCACAUGUUAGACAAAAAUUGCAAAGGUUUGAGAGAUUUGAGAAAAUGCCCCUCAGGUAGUUAAUAGGGAUAGCACAAAAGGUCUCUGAAAACAGAGAGAAUUUACAGGAAGCUACCAACAAGAAGAUAACCAAGGUGUUAAAAUUGCUCUAUGAGAGAGAAACUAAAAAAAAAAAAAAAAAAGUACGGGAGUUUCUGGUGGCAUUGGACACUGUAGGCUAUGGAUUCUAAAUUUUACUGAAACAGCUCACCCCCUAUAUGACUCCCUUAAGGGAGAAACUCACUGAACUGGACUGAUGAUUGUGAAUGGGCCUUCCAGCAACUCAAGUGGGCCUUGACAGAGGCCUUGGCUCUGGGACAUCCUGAUGUUACCAAGCUGUUCACCUUGUUCAUAGAUAAACUCAGGGGCAUUGCCAAAGGAGUCCUAACCCAGGACAUUGGCUCUUGGAAGAGGCCUAUAACCUACCUCUCCAAAAGACUUGAUCUGGUGACAGGAGGAUGGCUCCCCUGCCUGAGAAUGCUAGCUGCUGUGGCAAUGUUACUUAAAGAGGCUAAAAAAACUUACUUAUGGACAGAAGAUUUCUGUGGUGAUCUCCCACAGUUUAGAGACUCUUAUCAAAACCCCUCCAGAAUAAUGGCUUUCGAGCACUAGAAUUUCACACUAUCAGGCCCUGCUUCUAGACCCAGAGUCGGUAGUUUUCAAGACUUCUUCAGCUUUAAACCCAGCCACCCUUAUGCUGAUGAUGACCCAGAGGAACAAAGGAUACCUCUCCAUGAGUGUGCUGACAUCCUCGAACUGCAGCAGAACCUACGGGCUGAUCUUACCGACCAGGCUUUGGGAAAUGCUGACAACUAUUUCACUGAUGGAAGCAGCUUCAUCCAGAACAACAAACGAGUGGCUGGGGCAGCAGUGACCACCGAAAACGAGGUACUCUGGGUUAAGCGGUUAGAGCCUGGCACCUCUGCCCAAAAGGCGGAGCUCAUUGCUUUAACUGAGGCGCUAAAACUAGCCAUGGGAAAGAGGGUAAACAUGUAUACUUACAGUAGAUAUGCUUUUGCUACUGUGCAUGUACAUGGAGCCAUCUAUCAGGAGCAAGGUCUCUUAACCUCAGCUGGGACUAAGAUUAAAAAUCCUCCACAGAUUCUAGACUUGUUGGCAGCUGUCUGGCUACCUCAAUGAGUUGCUAUUAUUCAUUGCAAGGCUCACUAGACAGGAGAUGACCCUGUCACCUUAGGAAACAGUUUGGCAGAUCAAGCCUCUCGAAAAAUAGCAACCACAUCAGAGGAGCCUGCCAAGGAAGUAACUGCUCUGAUGUUAGUCCCUCUGACCUUGUCAGAACCAGUCUACACAAAGAAAGACCUACAGUUAGCAUCUCAACUUGAAGAGAAGUCCCCCACCCCAGGGGGCUGGUACCAGUUACCUGAUAAACAAGUACUGUUACUGGAGGCACAAAGCUGGGAGCUGAUACACUGGGCUCACCAAACUACCCAUUUAGGUGGAACUAAACUUGCAGAAUUGUUCAGAACUUGGUUUUUUAUUCCAAAACUCUGCAAACUGACUGCCUCUUUGAGCUCCAGAUGCCCACAGUGCUUGUUAGUCAACUCAGCCAAGAGCUCUACACUGGAGACCACCUGACAUCAAGGAAGUGUUCCAGGAGAACAUUGGGAAGUAGACUUCACAGACAUGGUAAAGCCUGGUUUACAGGGGCACCACUAUCUCUUGGUAUUAGUAGACACCUUCACUGGCUGGGUAGAGGCUUUCCCUACUAAGUCCAAGUCAGCCUUAGGAGUAGUUAAAAAGCUAUUUCAUGAGAUCAUACCUUGAUUUGGCCUGCCACUAUUAAUGGGGUCCAAUAAUGGCCCGGCUUUCAUAACCCAAGUCACCUCAAAGUUAGCCCAAGCAUUAAAGAUUAAUUACAAACUCCACUGUGCCUACCGGCCACAAAGUUCAGGGCAAGUAGAGCGCAUGAACUGGACUAUCAAGGAUACUUUAGCUAAAUUGUCCUUGGAAACUGGUGAUAAUUGGGUGAGCCUUCUUCCCUUUGCACUGUUAAGAGCUAGAUGUACCCCAUAUGUUUCUGGAAUUUCCGCCUUUGAAGCCUUGUUAGGGAGGACCUCUCCAUUAGUUCCAAGAUUGUCAGAAGAUAAACUAGCUGAAAUAACUAAUCAGGAUCUCAUUAAGUCCCUGCAGACUCUCCAACCCGUGUUGACUUCAAUCCACCAGCUGUUUAGACAAAAACACCCAGAUCUGCCUUCAGAGAUGCCCCCCAAGGUUCUGAUCAAGCUGGGGACUCCAAUCUUGAUGCGAUGUCACCACCGCGACUCCCUCGAACCCUGCUGGGAAGGACCUUUCACCGUGGUGCUCAGCACUCCCGUCAAGGUAGCAGGAAAGACUGCGUGGAUUCACCAUACCCAUGUCAAACCGCUGGAAGCAACAGACAGUGAGGUGAUUGCGGAUAUUCUUUAACACAACACCAAAACACUACAAGAGAGUCUCAUGUGAUCAUAGUUGGGGCUUUAUGGAGGUGGCUGGAUUGAAGGUUUGUGCUGCUGGGAUGAAGGAAAUAAUGCUGGGAUUGAUUCAUGGUGGAAUUAAAACAGAGAUGCUUCUACCCACCAUGAACUCUUUUUCUCCUCUGAGAUGUCCCUCUGUCAUGCCACCUUGCCUUGGAGCCAGUCAACUGUGAACUGAAACCUCUACAAACUGGCCUUCCAUCAUAAUAUUGAUGUCUUAGAGCCAGCUGAUCAUGGAAUGAAUCUCUUGAAACCAUGGGACAAAUUAAAAGGGCAAAGUAUUGUGUCUUUGUGUUGGGAAAGUAGAUGUUAUGGUUUGUGUUCAGAUCGUCCUCCCAAGCCUCAUGCAAUCAUGGACACAGUUGAUUCUGGAAUUCAAGGUUGAUUCAUUGUCUGGCGCUAGGAUUAGUGGUAUGAGUCUUGCACCUGCUCUGGGGCGGAACCAGCAUACAGUAUCAGGGUGGGAAGGAGGUUUGUAUUUUGUUUUUUGCUCUGUUCAUGCUUGCUAUUUGUAGUGGCCACAAAUAGCUGCACCUUAGCCAUGCCAUCUUGCUUUGGAACCAGCUGAAUAUGGACUGAAAACUUCAAGAACUCGGGAAUCGAACUCAAUACCUCAGGCUUGCCAGAAAAGAAGAGGUUUAGAGAAGAAGACUUUUUUUUCCUGUACUGAGCGUUAAAUUUGAGGUAAAAUCUGAACUAUAACAUGAAGAAUGAGUAGAGUCAGUCUUCAAAUCUAAACAUGAUAGUGGGCUCCCACAAUUCAUUUCUCUUUCAACCUAUAGAACACGGUACCUGAAUGAGCUCACCUAUGGUCAGUCAGCCCCCACCUAACUCUCCAGCUGACCAGGUUGACCAUAGAUAAACAACCAGUGCCAGGGUUCAAAGAAUUACAAAUGUUUUGCUGUAAAUAACUCUAGAAAGAAGUUACCCUUGAUCCUGAAGAUGGUGGCUUGCUAGCUAGCUGGGUAGAGAGCCUCUCUGGAAAAAACAAAUCAGGUGCUGGAAUUUGACAGCAUGGAGAUGGCUGGAUGAGUGGAGAGGGAUUCUCAGAACCUCAGUAGGAAACUGAAGGAAAAAGAAAAAUAGGAAGAGGAAGAAAAAAUGCAGAAUGCGAGUGGAGGGCUGGAGCUGGACGCACUCACUGAGUCCCAUCCUGCGCGCACAGUGCUGGGAAUGCUGUGGAGUCCCACGAUCCACGGUCAUGCUGAAGCUGUGGCCACCGAUAACAGGAAUUGGAUGCUGUCUGAAGGGUAUCUCAGUGGACUUGCCUACUGGAAUGACAUUCACUGGAAUUGUGCAACUUAUAGUGAACAGGUGACUGAAGAAAAGAAAGAGGAGACAAGUUCUGUCACUGCUCUUUCCUAUUCCUCUGUGGACGAAACCCAAGUCAGAAGUCUUUAUGUGAGCUGCAAAUCCUCUGGCAAGUUCAUUUCUCCAGUGCAUUCCAGAGAGAGCCAACGUAGCAUAAGUAAGAGAGACACAGUGUUGCUGACAAACCCCAAUCCUGUGUUUGAAAGACCCAAUUUGGCUGCAGUUGAAAUAUGCAAGGACCCUAGCAAAGAAACCUAUUUAGUUCCACCUUCUUGCAAAAGUAUUUGCAAGAAUUAUAAUGACUUACAAAUUGCAGGGGGCCAGGUGAUGGCCAUUAACUCAGUGACAACAGAUUUUCUCUCCCAGAGCAGCUUUGAAUAUGGUCCUUUGCUGAAAUCAUCUGAGAUCUCUUUGCCCAUGGAGGAUUCCCUUUCUACUCAGCCCAGUGACUUCUCCCAAAAACCUGUCCAACGGCACUCAUCCUACUGGAGAAUAACUAGUAUCAAAGAGAAAAGCAGCCUACAAAUGCAGAAUCCUGUUUCAAAUGCGGUGCUGAACGAGUACCUGGAGCAGAAGGUGGUGGAGUUAUAUAAGCAGUAUAUUAUGGACAAUAUGUUUCACGACAGUUCUCCUACCCAGAUCCUGACAUCUGAACUCAUCAUGACAAAUGUGGACCAAAUUAGUCUUCAUGUAUCCAGAGAGAAGGACCUAGAGACUUCAAAAGCCAGAGAUAUAGUCAUCAGCCGCCUCUUACAGUUAGUGUCCACUGAGAUCAGCACUCCUAGUCUCCAUAUUUCUCAGUAUAGCAAUGUGAAUCCAUAAAGAGAGUUCAUGGAUCCAUACUUCCAUUCCUGUCAAUUACUCAAAUCCAAAGUAACACUCGAUUCAUUUAUUCUGAGAAUGUGCAGGAGGGGCUUGUGAAAGGAAGUCACAAGCUAGAGAAGCAAAGGUUGGCUGGAAGUCAGAUGAGAAUGAAGAAGAAAUCUCAAUAUUACCCAUGAUGAAGGAAUAUGAGAAAAGAAUACAUAAGAAUGAUUUCAAGGAGAAAUUUGUACACCAAUAAAGUAUAAAUAAAAAUGGUCAAAAAAGAGAAAGGAAUAUAAAAAUUUGGGAGAAAAGUCAAGCAAAAUAAAAACAAACACUAUGACAAAUUUAAAAGCCCAAAUAUUUCAGUGUAGAAAUAUAUAUUUCAAAAAUAAUCUGAAUUGCUUCUUAUUGAAGGAAAUGGACUGCAGAAGAUGUCUAUACUUGGGUGGAAAAAUAAGUUCAAACACUUUAAAGUAUAUAUUUGUAUAUCUUUUCUCUAUUCAGUAUUACUAGAUCACUUUGAUAUACUUUGUAAAUAUUAAUGCUGUAUCAACUGUUGUGGGAGUGUGUAGACUGGUGCAACCAUUGUGGAGGUCAGUCUGGACAUUUCUCAGAAAACUGGGACUGGGAGCCCCAUUUGACCCAGCUAUUCCACUUCUAGGCAUAUUCCCAGAAGAACUGAAAGCAUCAUACCACAGUGAUAUCUGUGCUCCCAUGUUUAUAGCAGUUCAACUUGGAAUAGCCAGAUCUUGGAAACAACCUAAGUGUCUGUCAACUGAGGAAUGGAUAAAAAAUUGUGGUAUUUUUAUACAAAGGAGUAGUACUCAGAUAUAAAUGAUGAUCAUAUUGAGAUAUUUAUAAAUAAAUGGAUGCAGCUUGAGACCAUACUCAUAAGUGAAAUAAAUCAAACUCAUAUGUAUAAAUACCUAAUAGUUUCCCUAGUGUAAGAAAUGAUAAGAAUACAUAAAAGUAUGUGGUAAUCAUGAUUCCCAGUUAUAAUGGUUUGAAGCCAUAUAAUGUUUUCACUCAUUAAUUGGAAUUUUUUUUUGUCUUUUUCAUUUUUAUCGGUACCGGGGAUUGAACUCACGACUGCCCGCUUGCAAGGCAAGUGCUUAUGCCACUGAGCUAAAUCCCCAGCCCCUAAUUGGAAUAUUUUUAAUCUGGAUUGAUUGAUUUUAUUGUCUGUGAUAGUACUAAUAGCUAUUUUGAAGAAAACAAGACAUCAUAAUAGCUAGUGCUGAUUUAAUAUCAUCUUGUUUUGAAGUCCCAUCAAGCUGUUGUUCAUCUGUUUCCAUUGGUUUUAAUAUGUUGUAUCUUAUAUUUUAAUAUAUGUGAUAGUAUAAACAAAAUUUUUUAUAGGCAGAGAUAAUAUAGAAACCUUUGUUCGUUUUCUAUUAGCUGGUUCUAAAUACCCUGUAAUAUUUUCAUUUUCUUGAAUGGUUUCACACUGUCUUGAUAUGUUUGAUGCUACAGUAUAUGAAGUUAUACUCAAAUAUUUCAAGGAAAGAGACACUAUGGGUAACUACUAUUAUGUCAGGUUAUCUGGUGGUGAAACACUAUGAUGCUUAAAUUGUUCUGUUCUGACUUGUGUUGUUCUAUUGUUAUGUCCUCUUUUAUCUCAAUCUCUCCCUUUUUUUUCCUUUUUUUAAAAAUUUAAUUUAUUUUUUCUUAUUUUUUUAAUUAAGGGAAAAAUAAAUUUAAAAAUAGCGGGAUAUAUUAUAGUAACUUUUUUGUUUCCCUAUUAACCUGAUUUGAACCCCUAUAUUGUUCUCCCCAUCUUAUUUUCAUUGAUUUUACUCUAUUCUGUUUUGUUUGAUAGUAUCAAUUUUGAGGGUAUAGGCAACCACUUUAAAGGCAAUAAGAUUUACUAUGAUGCCCAUUAUGGUUUGACUAUUAUCUUCUUUUGAAGUCCUGUAAGUCUCCAAUGUUUAGGUUUUAUUGGUUUUGUUCUGUACUGUUUUGUUCAAUUCUAUUAUACCUGAUGAUAUAGGCAAGUCUUUUUAAGAUAGCAAGAUGCAUAAUGGUAACCAUUGUUGACCACCUGGUAUUCUGUUUUUACAUCAUGUACUAUGUUCAUCCUUCUGUUCUAACUGACUGUUUUGCUUUGUCACAUUUGGUUUUUUUCUCUUCAAAAAAAAGUAAUAAGAACUGUGGGAGUAAUAAAAUCCAAAAUGUGUAAUUGUUAUUUUAAAAAAGAGAGGAAAAGAAAGUGAUCUAAAGGAUAUAACUGCAUGUAUAUUUAAGUGUGUAAGAUAGAAAACUGUAUUACUAAGUUUUUGUUGGAUCACUGAAGAGAACUAUUUGCAGUCUCACUGUUUGAAUGUCCAUUUUGUAUGCUUUAAUUCUGUAAUUUGAACAACUAUUUUUAGGUGACAAUAUGUAAUCUAUUAACUAGUGAUUUAUUACUGUAUAUUUUUUUCUUGGAAUUCUGUAUUACUUGUGCCCUUUCACUGUUAUGGUUUUUUAUUUUCUCUUUAAAUAAAAAUUUUUAAAAAAUG